AUAUCAUUUUCCGGUUAAAUUCGCUUCGAUUGAGCGCAGUAAAAAAAUAAGAACGAGACCACCGACUGGGGAGAAUUUUUUCCUCGAAUUAAAAUUGUAAAUAACCAAACCAUGAGACCAUAAGAGGGCGAUGAAGAUGAAGCAUCGUCGGUUAGGUGCUUGGUGCACGCACGCGAUAAUAUUUAGCAUUUGAGAAAGUGGCUACUCUGCGUUUUUAUGUAUUUGCCGGUUAUUUGAACAUCGAAACAUGCCGUGGGGUUUCUUCCCCAGUUGAGUCAGUUCGUCAGUUAUUAUUUUGUUCUUCUUGACGGUAUUUUAUGCAAGUACCUAUCGUAAUAUUACGAGUGCAUUUUAUUCGCGGCCUUUUUCAUUUCUCGUACCUAGUUACGUGCAAUUUACCUACCCGCGAGUUAAGGAGAAAAUUUUCAUCAUGGCUGCACUGUGUUGUUUUAAUAAAACUUGAAAAAUAUAAUAAUUUAUGAAUUCGCGCGAAUACUUACCUAUACGUUUGAAAUGGUGAAACGAAAAAAAACUUCGAUAAUUUUCGCAAAAAAUUACUGUCAUUUUACCACGCUCAUUGUGAUCAUCUUUGCCAACUGCGUACUCGCCAAUUGGUGGUUAUUGGGUUUACAAGGAUAUCCAUCAGGACCACCCUCACUUGGCACCACCGGAUCAGCCAUUGCCCUUCAGAGGCAAAACUGCGACGAUUUACCAUAUUUAAACCAAAAACAACGACAUUUGUGCAAUCUCAAUGGCGGAAUUUUACAUACGAUCGGUACCGGUGCCAAAUAUGGCAUCGAAGAAUGCCAGCACCAGUUUCGUAUGAGCCGAUGGAAUUGCACCACUUAUUAUAAUGCUUCAUCAGUGUUCGGUGGCAUUAUCUCAGUCAGAAGUCGCGAAAGUGCUUACGUACACGCCAUUACAUCGGCAGGAAUCGCUUACACAAUUACCAGAGCGUGUUCCAGAGGCGAACUGAACGAAUGCAGUUGCGACAGCAAACCACGUUCGCGCAAAGGCAAAAAUAAAGGUUGGCAAUGGGGAGGCUGCUCGGAGGAUAUCAGUUUUGGAGAAAAUUUUAGCAGAGAUUUUGUCGAUUCGUCCGAGGAUCCAGAUUCUCCCAUUGGACUUAUGAAUUUACAUAAUAACGAAGCCGGAAGACGGAUAAUCCGAUCAAAAAUGCAACGAGUUUGUAAAUGUCACGGUAUGUCCGGAUCGUGCAAUUCUCGCGUAUGCUGGCGUAAAUUACCAGCUUUCAGAGACGUCGGAGACGUAUUGAGUGCCCGUUACGAGGGAGCAGUUCUAGUCAAAAUGGUCGACAAGAAGAAAAAACGAAUGAAAAAGCUUCGUGCAGCUGGUAAAGAUAUCAAGCAGCCUAAUCGUACUGAGCUCGUUUUUCUGGAGGAUUCGCCCGAUUACUGCGAACGAAACGAAACGCUCGGAAUUCUCGGAACCAAAGGUCGUUUGUGCAAUCAAGGUAGUCCCGGACUGGACGGAUGCAGCUUAUUGUGCUGCGGUAGAGGAUACCAAACGCGAAUUCGCGACGUUGAAGAAAAAUGUAGAUGUAGAUUCGAGUGGUGCUGUAAAGUCGUCUGCGAGCUGUGUAAAGAGAAAAAAGAAGAAUUCAUUUGUAACUAGUACCCUUCCCUUAUGUUUGACACCCCUUUCUAUGUACUAAUUUGAACCCUUUUGUUGAUUGACUUACAUGAAAAAAAUUGUCCAUCUCCCAUCUGAUUUAUCGCAUUUGUAGCUAUAGGGCAUGAUUAUAAAAUUUUUUUUAUUUCCUAAAUUAUACACUUUCAUUUCAUUAUACGCCAUAAAAAAUUAAACUUAAGUUUUGAUCUCAUUUUACAGUAGGCCUUUUUUUUUUUUUUUUUUUUUUUUUGAUUUUUACGUAUCUAAAUUAUUCGUUGAUUGGACGAAACAGUUUUUUUCUUCUCUUGAUUUUGUUUGUUUGUUUCUUUAUUCUUAAAAAAUACUGAUAAUGUUGCAAAGGUACUAGUCAUUUUUACUUACGUAAAAUUCGAAAGUUCAAUAGUAUUUCUUCGCUUCUUUGGAGUUGGAUUCUAUAGUUCUUGGCUUUCGGGCUUACUUCAUCAUUUCUUGAGUUUAAACCUGAUAUCUUGUGAAAUCAAACUAGAAUCAUCGAACGAUGUUACUCGUCAUGAAUGAUGAUAAGUCUGACCUCCAAAAUUCCUGUACUUAUCUGAGAUGAUCGAAGGAUGAACAUCAGAUUGAAAAAAAUCCCUUUUAUUGCCUUAUCAUUUCGUUAGCUUCAUGGACCUAAAACAAUGCUGAGCAUUGAGCAAACAUGGCCCAUUUUUUUUGAGUUUCGUUGGCUUUUUCGUUAGAAAUAAUUAAGUAUGUACCUACAACUAUACCUACGUGUAAACAUGUAAAUUUUUUGCCCAAAUGUUUAAAUUUUAUUCGGAUAGAUUUUUUGAACCAGUUUUACAUUUUGAACUGAUAAAUGUUCGAGUACUUAUAGAUUAAGAUUUUCUUUUGCUAGUACCUACUUACGUGUCUAUAUGGAUUUUUACUCCAAUGUGUACGAAUCGCUUACCUUCAUCUAUGAAAUAUGUGUAGGCAUAAGCGCAAUACCUGUUACUCCUAAUCACAGGAAAAUUUAUGUACUUUGAAUUAGGUAAUCUCUAGUCACCGAUGAUUUUUUUUUUCGCACCAAUUUCCUAAAAUAGUAAGCUCAGCUGGCCUAACUAUCAAUAUGUUUCUCGAAAUAAUAUCGAAUAAUUUUGUAUUGAUAAUAAAUUAUAAUCUAGACUAACUGCUGCCAUAAUAGUUAUUUCAUUCUUGUUUUUAUCAUUGAUUUUUAAUUUUUCUUUUUUUUAUAAACGUACAUUUUUAUUUUUAUACCCAUUAUUUUUAUGUUAAGAUAUGGUACCUAUAUAUUCGAAAUUGUUGUAACACGCAGACCUAGUACCUAUUGCAAUUCAAUGUGGUCUGUAGGUAUUUAUUUACCUAUAUUAUUUAGUCGAUGUAUUUCAUAAGAAACGAGUUCGCUUUGUAAGUAUAUUAAUAGCUCUUUUAUCACCUAUGUAUUUUAUUUUUGUUUUGUUUUAAAUGGAGAGCAACAAUACGUACUUGCUACGAGUAUAAUAAUUAGAUAAGUACUUACCUUUAGUAAUUGAAUAAGUAAAAAAGAGAGAAAAAAAGAUUACAUUGUAAUUAUUUAAAAGAGGAAAAAAAACGUUCAUGAUUAUUUUUAUUAGACGUACCUAAGAAUGACAGUUGUGGUAUUUUGUAUUUUUACAAAUUAAGGCCAUUAUUGGUAGUAAUAAAAAUUAUGAUAUUUCA